UACGUGUCUGUCUUUCUUUCUCAGUGUCACACGGUUUAGGUUGGGCCACGUGAAGACGUCAGUAAUCUGUAGUUUUGUGAACCUUAUUCUACGCAUCCAUUUAAUCAAAACGCAACACAACCAUGGUGAAAUUAGCAAAGGCAGCAAAGAAACAAGCUAACCCCAAGAAAAAGGCCCCACCGCCUCCAAAAGAGGUGGAAGAGGAAUCCAGUGAAGAAGAAAGCGAUGAUGAGCCCCCACCAAAAGCAGUAGCCAAGAAGGCCGUUGCGCCAGCACCUAAAGCAGCUAAAAAUGGCAAAGCAGCAAAAAAAGCAGAAAGUGAAGAGGAGGAUGAUGACUCUGAAGAAGAGUCUGAGGAGGAAGCCCCCCCACCCAAGAAGGCCCCAGCCAAAGCCACACCAGCUAAAAAAGCCCCAGCCAAGGCAGAGGAGUCUGACGACGAUGAUGAUGAUGAUGAUGAAUCGGAGGAGGAGACCCCACCUCCCAAGAAGGCAGCUGCUAAGCCCUCCAUGAAGGUCACCGCAGCCAAGGAGGAGUCUGAUGAGGAUGAUGGGGAUGACUCUGAAGAAGAGGAGAUGGACACCACCACAGCAAAAGCAAAGAAAGCAGGCAUGGUCAAGGCUAAGGAGGAGUCUGAUGAAGAGGAUGAUUCCAGUGAGGAAGAUGAGGCCCCAGCAACUCCUGCAAAGAGGAAGGCGGACAACAAAAACGAGACUCCACUUGCCAAAAAGGCCAAAUCAGAAGGCGAAGAAACAUUUUGUCUAUUUGUCGGCAACCUGAACUCAAACAAGGACUUUGAUGAAAUCAAAGACGCUUUGGCAGCUUUCUUCUCAAAGAAGAACCUUGAAGUUCAGGACGUGAGACUUGGUGCAUCAAAGAAAUUUGGCUACGUAGACUUUUCCUCAGCACAGGACAUGCAGACGGCCAUGGAGUCAUGCAAUGGCAAGAAAUUCAUGGGACAGGAGUUGAAACUGGACAAAGCCCGCAGCAAAGAGAACUCCCAGGAGGACAAGAAAGAUAGGGACGCACGGACAUUGUUUGUGAAGAACCUGCCCUUUUCGGCCACGCAAGAUGACCUGAGGGAAGUGUUUGCGGAUGCCGUUGAAAUCAGAAUACCCCCAGGCCAGGACGGUUCCAACAGAGGCAUUGCUUACAUCGAGUUCAAGACAGAGGCCAUUGCAGAGAAGAUGCUAACGGAGGCCCAAGGCGCCGACGUUCAGGGACGCUCCAUCAUGGUUGACUACACAGGUGACAAGAGCCAGAAAGGUGCAAGAACACCAGCCCAGGCAGCUGCUGAAAGCAAGACCCUCAUUGUCAACAACCUGGCCUACAGCGUGACAGAAGACUCCCUCCAGAGCGCAUUCGAGGGGGCAGUUUCCAUCAGAGUACCACAGAACAACGGCAGACCCAAAGGGUUUGCCUUUGUGGAGUUUGAGAGCACGGAGGCGGCUAAGGAGGCGCUGGACAACCUGAAUGGCACAGAGAUUGAGGGCAGGCAAAUCCGGUUAGAGUACAGCCAGAACAGUGGAGGCAGAGACGCCGGAGGCAGAGGAGGAUCCGGAGGUCCAACAAAAACACUGUUUGUCAGAGGGCUUUCUGAGGACACCACAGACCAAUCACUCAGAGAUGCAUUCGAGGGCGCCACUGGAGCCAGAGUGGUCACAGACCGUGACACAGGCAAUUCUAAAUGCUUUGGCUUCGUCGACUUUGACAGUGAGAACGACUGCAAGGCGGCCAAAGAGGCCAUGGUGGGCGGCGAGAUUGAUGGCAGCAGCGUCAACCUGGACUACGCCAAGCCCAAGGGCGACAGCGGUGGCUUCCGUGGGGGUCGGGGAGGCUUCGGCGGUGGCAGGGGAGGUCGCGGCGGUGGAUUUGGCCGUGGCGGUGGUUUCGGCGGUGGCAGGGGAGGUCGCGGCGGUGGCUUCAGGGGGGGUAGAGGAGGUGACCGUGGAGGUGGACGUGGUGGGUUUAGAGGUGGAAGAGGUGGCGGAUUCGGGGACAAGCCCCAGGGCAAGAAGAUCAAGUUUGACGAUUAAAAUCCCGGUCUAUUUUACUAUUUUGAAAAGACUCCGUCUUAUCACCAUACCUAUAUGCUGGGAGAGCCUUUUGGACAUUUCAGAAAGCUGCAUUGAUAUAACUAAUGGGUUCAUUAGGCCCCCCCAAUCACCAAAACGUAUCUUCACCUCAGCUUGAGAGCUGCCUGUGAGUUUUGAAAUGUCCCUACUGCCCACCUGCAUUAUCCAUAAGUUUUAGUUUUUCCAAAGGAGGAAAAUGGAAUGUCUGGCAACCCUGUUUGCUGUGGGGAAGAAAAAAGAAGAAGAAAAACCUGUUGGUUCAGGUACAUAUUGUACAUUCAACAAUUUGUAUUUCAUUUGACCUUUUGUAAAAAGUGCUGUAUCCUUAUGUUUUAUUUUGUUAUUUUAGUUUGCUCUAGGUGCAAAACUUUGACCGUACAUUUGCAAGGCAUAUUGUAAUGGAUGGAAAGAUUAAAUCAGAGCCGACGUCUGGUAAACUGGUGUACUGGCAUGUUUUGGGUGGGGUACAGUCAAUGUCUUACGAGUCAGAGGACUAGAGGCCUCAAAAGAAUAACGUUUAAAAGUGUAACAUAUAUUACAUUUGUAGUGCAAUGACUAAUCUUGCCAUUUUAAAAUCUGUUUUCACAAAUGUGAUAAUUGAAUAAACUAAGUGAUGUUUUUAA